UUAAGAGAGAUGACUGAUUGCCUUUUAUCUAACAAGAGAAGCAUAGAAAACACAGGCUGCAACUACACAGACUCCAGCUCUUGUUUGCAUCAUGGAUUCAAUCUUUUCUGUUUUUGGACCCUUUAUUAACUGGGAUGUCAGAAGUCUGCUGCUCUUCACUGUAGUUUUCAUCCUCGCUGCAGAUUAUUUUAAGAACCGCCGGCUGAACACCUUCCCUCCUGGACCCUGGAUGUUUCCUAUUGUGGGCAACAUAUUCACUGUGGAUCACAAAAGGCUCCAUGAGAGCAUGACACAGUUAACAGGACAAUAUGGAGAUGUGUACAGCAUGCGAAUGGGCCAGACAUGGAUUGUGGUGUUAAACCGGUUUGAGGUUCUGAAGGAAGCUCUGGUAGAACAGGGAGACAGUGUGUCAGAGCGUCCAAAUCUCCCUAUGGUGCUGGACAUAACCCGUGGACGAGGUAUAUCUUUCAGUACCACAUGGAAGCAACAGAGGCGUUUUGCACUUUCAACCCUAAAAAUGUUUGGAUUUGGCAAGAAGUCCCUUGAACCCAUCAUCCUGGAUGAAUUUACAUAUUGUGCAAAAUACUUCAACAGCUAUAAAGGGAAGCCAUUCGAUCCACACCUCCUACUAAGCAACACUGUCUCCAACGUCAUCUGCUCCCUGGUUUUCGGUCAUCGCUUUGAGUAUGAGAAUGAGAAGUUUCAGACGCUGAUGAAGUGGUUUGGAGAAGGUAUCGAGAUUCAAACUUCCAUUUGGGGCGAGCUUUAUAACGCAUUCCCUCUGCUGAUGAGACGUUUGCCAGGGCCACAUCAGAGAUUUGUGCACAUCUGGACUUCUGUAAUGGAGUUUGUCAGAGCUGAGAUGAAGAAGCACAAACAGAACUGGGAUCCCUCAGACCUAAGAGACUACAUUGACUGCUACUUGAAUGAGAUUCACACGAAUAAGGGGCAAGCUAACAACACUUUUGAUGAAGAAAACCUGAUUACGUGUGUCUUGGAUCUGUUUGGGGCUGGCUCUGAGACCACAGGCACCACCCUGCGCUGGGCUUUCCUCUACAUGGCAAAGUACCCCGAGAUCCAGGAAAAGGUCCAGGCUGAGAUAGACAGAGUGAUUGGACAGUCCAGACAGCCGUCCAUGGACGAUCGUGCAAACCUGCCCUACACUGAUGCUGUUAUACAUGAGAUCCAGAGGAUUGGAAACAUAGUUCCCCUCAGCCUGCCUCAUAUUACCACCAGGGGCUUGCACCUGAAAGGCUACACCAUCCCAAAGGGAGUUACAAUAAUCCCCAAUCUGACCUCGGUGCUGUUUGACAAGACUGAGUGGGAGACGCCCGACACCUUUAACCCAGGACACUUUCUGAACAAGGAGGGCAAGUUUGUGAAGCGAGCUGCUUUCAUCCCGUUCUCUGCUGGUAAGAGGAUGUGUCCCGGUGAGAACCUGGCCAAGAUGGAGCUUUUCCUCUUCUUCACCUCCUUCAUGCAGCACUUCACCUUCUCCAUGCCUGCUGGAGUGAAGCCUGUAAUGGACUAUCGAUCUGGUGUCACUCGGGCACCGCUUCAAUAUGAAAUCUGCGCGACACCACGCUAAGACAGACUCUAACAUAACCACUUACCAUUCGGGGUCCCUUUUUUUGAGAAUUGGUGGUUGAGGGCAGUGGAUGUUUAGAGGUGUGUCAAGUUGUUCUGGUCAAAAAUAUCUAAUAAAAAUUAUUGAAACCUAUUAGGUUGUAUAAGGUGUCAUAACAUUAAUAUUAUGCUAUCUGAAGUCUAUUUCCAUGUUCAACUGUGUUCAAUAAGUUGUUGCAGCAAUUUUGGGGUUGAUACCAUUUGUGACACACAUUUUGUGCUGAAUAAUGUAAUUUAAUUCAUACUGAGAAUAGAUAAUAAUGGUCAGAAAAACCCUUCAGAAUAUAACAUUAAAAUAUCAAGACAUUUGGAACAACAUAGAAGAAUCUGAGCUGUGAUUUGGGUUCAAAAACUUUGGUCAUUUUGGAGAUUGGAUGGCAAGCACUUCUGUUCUUCAAACUGCUGAGAAACCACCUUAUUGUCAAUAGACCUAGGAAAGUUGUGUUCAAGUUUGUGGUUGUAAAGUUUCAUGAGGCUGUGGUUAUCCUAGAGGUCACAGCAGCUCAUUUUAUACUGUGAGAUCGAGACUCAAGAAAUGCCCUCACUGCAAUGAACUGGCUACUACUGAUGACUAACGUCAUCCUACAUGAAGAGAACUAGAGUAACAGCUUUCCAUUGAUACCAAGUUUAUGUAAUUCAAAGCCUGUUUAGGGAACCCAGUAUGCGAAGCAGUUUUACAAACAGACCAUAUUCCCGCCCCUACGGAGCGCUCAAAAAGGCAAGGGAACGCACCCAAGACGGGGCCACAAUCUAGCUGUCUCCCUAUUGGCUGGUGAAACACACUAUUUUAGGCGCAGGGCGGGACAUCGUUCAGUCUGAGCAGACACCUCAACCUGAGAGGACGUGCGUGUUCUGGGUGCGAGCACAAAAGUUUUGAGAGUGCAGAGUUGAGAUCUGAGCGCGUAGACUUUAGAUUUGAGCGCGUAGACUUUAGAUUUGAGCGCGCACAGGACAUAUUUGUGUGCGAGCGAAAUGUUUGUAUCCAAGAAGAAGAAAUGUGAGCACAAGCAUGUGAUUUUUAAGUGCAUGCACACAUUUUGAAAGAAAGCAGCAGAAAUCUGAGUGCGAGCGCAAAAUGUGAGCAUGAGGAGAACAAAUCUGAGCACGAGAAAGACAAAUUAUGCUCUCAAACUGAAAAUCUACGCUCUUGAAUAAAGAUAGGAUAAUUCUUCCAAAAGGUUCAAGAUUCUGAAAGAAGCUCUUGUAUAUCAGGGCGACA